AUGGUACGGAUCAAUCGUUGGGGUGCCGAAUGCGGUCGUGUGCAUAUGGGUGGUGAGGGUAUUCUUGGUUCUGGGGUGUUUUUGUGGGAAGAAUGGGUAAACGAAGAGACCAGCUCCUCGUAUCCCCAUUUUGCCAAAGUCGGGUUCUCAGGGGAUAAUUAG